AUGAACCGCAGCGUGCGCCCUGAGAACGUAGAGUUUACCGUCAAGGCGGCAGAAGACCUCGUGUUGACUGGCAAGGAACGUUCGAUCGUGCGCGUGGCGGCCAACAACAUGUACUCAUGUCUGAUGCAGAAGACGCAGCGCUUCUCGUCACUCUUCCGCCACUACAGCAAGCACCACGGACUACCGCGCGAGUCGCUUGACUUUUUCUUCACGAACCGACUGGACCCCGAGGAUUCACCCGAGUCAGUGCAUUUACAAAAGAACGAUAUAAUCCUGGUACGCCGUCGAGUGGCCCCUACGACCCUGACGCUGCCUUCUCACAAUGAUGAUGCCUAUUUCGCCACAAUGAGAGAGCUCUUCCUGAGUGGUAUUGGCAGUGACAUAACGCUGGAUGUCGGAGGGGACAGGGAGAUCCUGCGGGCGCACCGAUUGAUUCUGACGACAAGAUGCGAGAUCUUUGAAGCCAUGUUCCGACCUGGAGCCAUGAAAGAGAGUUGGGACGGCGUGGUCCGUAUUGAAGAUCACUCGCCCGAGAUGGUGUCCAAGAUGCUUGAGUUUAUCUACACGAAUCGCGUGCUGGAUCUGGCCAAGCUCAACUCAAACCAACUGAUCGACCUAUUGACGCUGUCAGAGCAGUACCUGCUACUGCCACUGAAACACCUCUGCGAAGUCGCAGCACAGGAUGUUUUGUCCAUCGGAAACGUCGGGCGCUUCCUCUGUGCUGCGGAGAAAUUCAAUGCCGCGUACUUGAAGGAAUACUGCCUCGCUUUCUUCAUGAAUCACACAAGCGAGAUCGUCGACGACGAGAACUUCCGCGAGGAGAUCGAGAGCUGCCCAUCCAUGGCUUUAACUAUCGUGCGCGCAACUACUCGCCACUCUGGGUCGUCGUUGGAGCCCGUGCAGAAACGGAGAAGACUCAACAUGCCAUUCGAAGAGACGGAAUACUUGUCCCCGAGCACCUGA